UUCACGCAGUUUCAGUUCGCUCAGACCAUGAUUUUCACCAUCGAGGAGAUCAACAGGAAGCAGAUUCUGCUGCCCAACAUCACCCUGGGUUACCAGAUCCACGAUGGCUGCGGUGAUCCGGCCAUGUCCACCAAAGUGACCACUUUGCUGAUCAGCGGGCAGGAAGCGACGCUGGCUGAUCCCAAGUGCAAGACCACCACCAACAUCCCGACCAUCGUCACGGACGCGGAGUCCAUGCAGUCGGUAGCUGUGGCGAGAGUCAUCACCCCUUUCAAUGUCACCAUGUUUAGUUACUCCGCCGCAUAUGACUAUCUCAACAACAUGUAUGAGUUCCCAACGUUCUUCCGAACCAUUCCCAAUGACUACCACCAGGUCGAUGGUUUAGCUCAGCUUGUCCAGUAUUUUGGAUGGAAUUGGAUCGGGACCAUCAGGAGCAACACCACGUACGGAGCCCUGGCAAUGGACGAGAUCAUCAAGAGUAUGAAGAGCUUCGGUAUCUGCAUCGCCUUCUCGGAGGCGGUCCAUAAAACUGACUCCAAAGCCAAGCUCCUGGAUCUCAUCAACACCAUCAAGCGGGCCACCACGAGGAUCGUCGUUGCCUUUGUCGCCCAGGCCGACAUGGCAGUACUGCUCAAAGAGAUUGUCCGGCAGAAUGUGACGGGGAUCCAGUGGGUCGGCAGCGAGUCCUGGGUCACAAUGCCCAACCUCUCCCCCAAAGAAGCAGCCAGAUUCCUGGCCGGGACGGUGGGCUUUGCCGUUCCCAGGGCAACGCUGCCAGGAUUGAAGGAAUUCCUUCUCGAUGUCCAUCCCUCAAAAUAUCCAGGGAAUGAUUUUGUGUCCGAAUUUUGGGAAACUACAUUUGAGUGUUCAUUUGAGAAGCCAGUGAACUUCAGUCAAGAGAACGGAGGGACUCGGGGAAAAAUAUGUUCUGGUGCAGAAAGGUUGGAAAAUAUACAUAAUCAGUACACGGAUGUGUCGCAGUUGAGGAUAGCUUACAACGUCUACAAGGCAGUGUAUGCCAUAGCACAUUCACUCAACAGCAUGCUAAUAAAAACCAAUUUCACCUACUCACAACUCGACCUUUGGGAGCUACUUCAUCAUAUGUAUGCAAUAAACUUCACAGCUGAGAAUGGGGAGUACAUAUAUUUCGACGAAAACCUGGAUACAGUCCCGUUGUACGAACUGGUAAACUGGCAGACAAAUUCUGAAGGAGUGGGUCACAUUGUUACAAUUGGAAACUAUGAUGGACUUCUAGAAUUUGAGAAUAGACUGCACAUAAGCAAAGAGGAUAUUAUUUGGAUUGAUGGAAAGAAAGAGGUUCCACGUGGAGUUUGCUCUGACAGCUGCCUUCCCGGCACAUGGAAAACUGUCAAAAAGGAAAUGGCACUGUGCUGUUUCAUCUGCAUCCCAUGUGCUGAUGGGGAGAUCAGCAAUGUGACAGAUUCAGUGUCUUGCCUGAAGUGUUCUCCAGAGUUCUGGUCCAAUGAGCUGAAAACCCAGUGCGUGCCUAAGAAAGUCGAAUUCCUUUCCUUUGAUGAUGAGAUGGGAAGUUCGCUUGUGACCCUGGCAGUAAUCGGAGCCUUCUUAACCAUAGCAACGGCUGUCGUUUUUUACAAACACAAAAGCACGCCUCUUGUCAAAGCCAAUAACUCGGAGCUGAGCUUCCUUCUUCUCUUUGCAUUGACCCUAUGCUUUCUCUGUUCCCUCACCUUUAUCGAUCGCCCUUCCACCUGGUCCUGUAUGUUACGCCACACGGUUUUCAGUAUCUCGUUCGUCCUUUGCCUCUCUUGUAUUCUGGGCAAAACCGUCGUGGUGUUGAUGGCCUUCAAAUCCAGACUCCCCAACCGCAAGAAGAUUAAAUGGUUUAGCCCCAUGCACCAACGGCUGAAUGUCUUUAGUCUUACCUCUGUCCAAACCAUCAUCUGCAUCAUUUGGCUCACCUCCUCACCUCCGUUCCCUGUCAACAGCACAAAGUACUACAAGGCUAUCAUCAUACUGGAGUGUAAUGUUGGCUCCAUGGUCUACUUCUGCUGCGUGUUCAGCUACAUUGGUGCCCUUGCAUUUCUCUGUUGUGCCCUUGCAUUUUUAGCUAGGAAACUGCCCAGCAACUUUAAUGAAGCCACCUUCAUAACCUUCAGCAUGCUGAUAUUCUGUGCCGUGUGGAUCACCUUCAUCCCCGCGUAUGUCAGUUCCCCAGGGAAGUACUCAGUGGCCGUGGAGGUGUUUGCAAUCUUGGCGUCCAGCUUUGGUCUGCUCUUCUGCAUUUUUGCUCCCAAGUGCUACAUCAUCUUGCUCCAGCCGGAAAAAAACACCAGAAAAUAUUUAAUGCAGAGAGGGAUAAAACAAUGAGCAGCCGACGGGAUUGGAGUCGGCAACCGUUUGUGGCGACCCUCUCCAUUGCUUUGAACCAGUUAAACCUGUGGCGACAAUAUCUGUCUCAGUGCAACAUUCAGCAAAGAUCUGGGAAACAUUCAUCAGGUCAGGCAGCAUCUGUGGAGAGAGAAACCAAAAAAGGACACAAAGUGCUGGAAUAAGCCAGCAAGUCAGGCUGCAUCUCAUAAGUGGGAGAAAUAAAUAUGAGUAAACCGCGUUAGUAUUUCAGGUUUCAGACCCUUUGAGAGAAGUAAUCUAAAAGGUUAAUCUCCUGCUAAACAUUUCCCUGUCCACAGAUGCUGAGUAUUUUAAACAUCCAGUUGCCUUAUUUUGAUUAAGUGUCAAAUUAAGAUAAUUUUUUAAAAAUAAUAUACAUCAGUGAAGAAACACAAGAUUCCACAUAAAGUUUUGAGAAAAGAUGCAGUCUCAUUCUACAAUUACAUUACCCAUGUAUUUCCAACACUGCAGUUUAUACACUCCAAUUGAAACUGAGUGUUACACUUUUCAAGCAGCUUUAUAUUUUUCCUGAUGGCAGGAGUGAAAUGAGUGUGUGGCCAGGGUGGUGUGGGUCUCUGAUGAUGUUGGCUGCUGUUAAAGUUAGUAAUACAUUUGUGAAAUGCUCCAUGGCUCUAGCUGCUUUAUCCCUGUUAAAAUAUUUGUUGUUGUGGAUGUUGAGAUCUUGUAAAUAAAGUGGUUGUGAUUAAAGUUUUAUGCUCAUCUUUUAACUUAUUCUAGUUUAGUUUAUUGUCACAUGGACCGAGGUACAGUGACAUUUUUGUUGUUGUGUGCUAUCCAGUCAGCGGAAAGACUAUACAUGAUUACAAUCGAGCUGUCCACAGUGCACAGGUACAUAAUAAAGGAAAUAAUGUUUAGUGCAAGAUAAAGUCUAGUAAAAUCCGAAUAGUCCAAGGAUCUUUAAUGAGGUAGAUAGUAGGUCACGACUUCUCUCUAGUUGUUGGUAGGAUGGUUCAGUUGCCUGAUAACAGCUGGGAAGAAACUGUCUCUGAAUCUGGAAGUAUUCAUUUUCAUGCUAUCUCUUGCCUGAUGGGAGAGGGGAGAAGAGGGAAAGACCGGGGUGAGACCGGUCCUUGAAUAUGAUGGUGACCUUGCCCAGACUGCAUGAAGUGUAAAUAGAGCUAAAUAGCCAUCAGCAAACUGGAGGUAGAGAAUAUCCCGCUUUCCUUACACAGUAAAAUUCAUUGGCUGUAAAUCUGGUUGACAAUAACAUAAAUUGUCAAUCAUCGUAACAGCCUUUGAAUUAAGACACUUGCAAAGUCAAUUCAAGAGUCAUGGAGCCAUAGAGUAUGGAAACAGGCCCUUAAGACCAACCAUCUAUGUUAGUCCAUAUUUCACCAAUAACAUUCUAAAUCUUUCCUAUCCAUGUACAUGUCCAUUUAGGUUUAGGUUUAUUGUUGUCGUGUGUACCGAGGUACAGUGAAAAGCAUUGUUUUGCAUGCUAUCCAAAUAAAUCAGGUAAUACUCCACAUAAAUGCAAUCGUAGUUUUUUCAUUCGGAUUGGA